AUGGCCGGGGGCCGCAUUGUGGGGGGCACCAAGGCAUUCCCGGGAGAGUGGCCCUGGGUGGUCAGCAUCCAGACUACGUCGUACCACUUCUGCGGGGGAUCCAUUGUCCACCCCUGGUGGGUGCUCUCAGCGGCUCACUGCUUCCAGGAUGCUACAAGAACCAGCGGCAUCAAGGUGGCGGCUGGCAGCAACUUCCUGGGCCAGCACAACGUCACGCGCUGGGUGCGAAGGAUCUUCACCCACCCGCUGUACCACCCGAAGACGUUCGACAACGACCUGGCCCUCCUGCUGCUCCAAGAGCCCAUCCCGUACAGCAUCUACCACAGCGCCGUCUGCCUGCCCGACAACACCAUCGUCCCCGACGACGACAUGUGGGAGAACUGUAUUGUCGCUGGCUGGGGGCUCACCAAAGCCGGGAGCAACAAGGCCUCCUACGCGCUGCUGAAGGUGCAGGUGGGGAUGGUCAACUGGCUGCUGUGCAGGAGGUGGCUGCCUUCCCUGACCAGGAACAUGAUCUGUGCUGGAUUUGAGGCCGGGGGCAAGGACGCCUGCCAGGGAGACAGCGGUGGACCGCUCAUGUGCCACCCCCCUGGCUCCGGCACCCCUCCAGUCUGGUACGAAGUGGGGGUGGUGAGCUGGGGCCGAGGCUGUGGGCAGGCCCGGAGCCCCGGGGUCUACGCUCGGGUGUCCAACUUCCGGGCCUGGCUGGAAGCCACUUCGGCCCAGGCCGGCCGGCCCUUCUCGGUGCCUCAGACCCCCCUGAGCCAAGCCUCCAUGCACGGAUCUCCAGAGUUCUUCGAGCCGUGGCCCAAGGGUGGCAGCACCAGCUGGAUGGUCGCUCCAGGGCUCCCCUGGUCUCUGGCAGGGACCGGGCUGGCUGUGGCUUGGCUGCUGCUGUGA